GAUCAAAAGUGCAUUCUAAUCUCAUUCUAUUUUUUAUAUCUUUUCUCGCAGUACAUUUAGCAACACUAGAAAACACUUUUUUUUACUUUUACUCAUCUUUUGUGUUAUCAGAUAUGCAGUUCAUAUCCCAUAUUUGUAUGUCUUACGCUUGCAAAGCGUUAAUACAUAUUAAUACCGAAUUACGUUGUCGACAUUGUGACGAGUUUGAAAUAUUAAAUAAACAAUUUACAAAUUAAUAUUAUGAAUUUAUACUCGAAAAUAUUUUAUGGAAUAAGACAUAGAUCACAGAUACCAUUAUUACAAAUGGUUGUAAGAAAUUAUGCUAAUAUAUGCCAACAAUAUUCUGCAGCGAAAAAAUAUAAAUUUUCUAAAAAUGCACGAAAUUCUGUUACUUCAAAUGUAACAUAUGCUGUUGUUGCUGUAUCAGUUUUAGGUAUAUCCUACUAUGUUUUUAAAUAUAAAAAAAACGUUUAUACUUUUAAUGCAACACAAAAUAUACAAUGUGGUCAAUUACGAAAGGAUAUGAAGGUCUACACCUUGGAAGAAGUAGGAAAACAUGAUAAUAAAAAGAAUCGUAUUUGGGUUACCUUUGGACAAGGAGUAUAUGAUAUAACAGAAUUUGUAGACAAACAUCCAGGUGGUCCCUCAAAAAUUUUGAUGGCAGCAGGAGGUUCAAUUGAUCCUUUCUGGUCAAUUUUUGCCAAUCACAAUACACCUGAAAUAUACUCAUUAUUAGAAUCUAUGAGAAUAGGAAAUAUUUCAGAAGAGGAUGCUAAGUCCAAUAAAAACGAUUUGUACGAUCCAUAUGCAAAUGAACCAACUAGACAUAAAGCCUUAAUAAUCAAUGGUCAUAAACCUUUUUGUGCAGAACCACCGUCUUCAGUGUUAGUUGAGAGUUUUCUUACACCAGUUGAUCUCUUUUAUGUUAGAAAUCACCUCCCAGUACCCCAAAUAGAUUUAAAAGAUUACAAACUAGAAUUAGCAAUAGAGGAAAAAAUAAAAAAGACACUUGAUUUUGAGGCAAUAAAGAAGUAUGACAAGCAUACAAUAACAGCGACUAUUAUGUGCGGUGGAAAUAGGCGUUCAGAAAUGUCAAAAGUAAAACAAUUGAAAGGGAUUAAUUGGAAUGUAGGUGCAGUUGGAAAUGCUACAUGGACUGGUGCACGAUUAUAUGAUAUAUUAAAAGAUUUGGGAAUCAAUGAAGAUGAAUUUGAUCAUGUUCAGUUUGAAGGAUAUGAUUUAGAUCCAUCUGGUACACCAUAUGGUGCAAGUAUUCCUAUUGCCAAAGCUAUGGAUCCAAAAGGAGAUGUGAUUUUAGCUUAUGAAAUGAAUGGUAAACCAUUAAGCAAAGAUCACGGAUUCCCGCUUAGAAUAAUCGUUCCUGGUGUUGUGGGUGCGAGAAAUGUGAAAUGGCUUAAUAAAAUUUGCGUUUCAAAGCAAGAAAGUCAAUCACAGUGGCAACAAGGCGAUUAUAAAGGAUUCUCUCCGAGUACAAAUUGGGACAAUGUAGACUUCAGUAAAUCGCCUGCGAUACAAGAAAUGCCCGUAACAUCGGCAAUAUGCGAUCCACAAAAUUCAGCCAUAGUUGAAGUAAAAAAAGGAAAAAUAGAAGUAAAAGGUUAUGCAUGGUCUGGAGGUGGUCGGAAAAUAAUUCGUGUUGAUGUAACAAAUGAUAAAGGGAAGACUUGGCAUACCGCAGAUUUGAUAGAAGAUCCUCAGGCAAAGCAAGGUCGACACUGGAGUUGGUCAUUAUGGAAAGUGGAAUUACCUGUUGAUAAGAAUAUUAAUGAAAUUGAAAUCUGGGCAAAAGCAGUUGACUCAGCGUAUAAUGUUCAACCAGAGAGCUUUGAUAAUAUUUAUAACAUUCGAGGAAUGCUUUGCAAUGCAUAUCAGAGAAUUAAAAUUAAAUUAAAACAAUAAAUCAAUUAAUUAUUUUUCUUAUGGCUUUUAAUAAGUGAUUUAUUUUGAGCUUGUAUCUUAUGAAUUAAUCAAGAGUUUUGUUAUAAUUAUACUGUAUUAUAUUGACUAUAAAUAAAUCCUUAUAGGUUAAUUGUAAUUAGAAUUAGAAAAAUAUCACUGGAUUGAUAACGAUAUGAAAAAAUUAAAAUUAAAUAAAUUUUUUUACUCAAA